UUGGCCGUUCAAUGAAACGAGCGAACGCGAUUGGUUGACGCUGCUAGAGGGCACGCAUUAGCCCUCUAAUAAAGAAUUAUUCAAACCGAUUGCGCGGGCGGACCGGAGCUUUCGUUUCGAUUCCUUUCGACUUCUUUUUGAUCGAUUGUUACUUUUUGGACGUGAGUAGCAGUUGCUCUUGGGAUCGUUAAUCUCACAAUUUGCUGGUUUGAAACUAGACGCUCGUAGAAUAUUAGGAAAUAUAUAAAUAAAUAUACGAGAGUGGCAAGAAACUAUACUCUCAACUUAAUCGCAGCGCUUGACAAUAAAUCAUUAUGUUGUCUUCUGACAUCACUUUGCUACUUGCGACUGUGCCAGUAACCAGUGCAACGAUGGAACAGAAGAAUUCACUAACACUUUGACGGCCGCAUGUUUCUCACACGAAGCUCGCACGUGCCGCCGAUAUCUCCUGCGCAGUCUUAUCGCUUGCCGUCGGCGAUUUUUUCACAGUCGUUAUAAUAGUUAUCGAUACAGAAGCAUCAUAUAUCACAUUUGUCUAAUUUAAUUUUAAUUUAAAUAUAACUUUAUUUUUCCUAGACAAAUUACUUAAGGAAGUCACGCCUACGUGAUAACGGCCGAUAAACGCUGAAUAGUGAAAUCAUGCGUGACAGCGGCCGUCAAAGUGUUAAGUUAGUGUAACCCCAUCGAUCACUUCCGUUCGCUCGCUCGUUCAACGUUCGUUCUCAACAAUCGGGUUGCCAGCAAGUGCGAGUGCCAACGCCAAGGACACCGUUUAACAGCAUCUCGGGAGGAGGAGAUGUCGAGCGCAACGUACGAUGAACUUUGGGGGGAGGCUGAAACGUUGCUCACGGAGACGGUCCAGGCGGACGCGGUGUUACAGGGUGCGAAACCGCUGAAGGACCGUAAGAAGGUGCACAAUGUAGUUUCGACAUUGUACAUAAGAUAUAGUCUCGUAAGCAACAAGCUCGAGCAAUGUUACGAGCAGGUGAUACAACCCCAGAAGCGCUUGCUGCUCAAGAGACUGUUGGACGCAAGUUUGGGUCGAGUAUUGGAGCUGAAGCACGAGCUGGUCAAUGUGGACCUCUCGGAAUGCAGUUAUUACGAUGAUGUGCUGAUUGAGUGCGGCGUGACGCCGCAGGAAGCCGAGAUUCGAGUGCCGAGAUACUUCAGACGCGAGCAAAUCGAGCAGAUAGAGGAGAGAUGGACUUUCGUCGAAAGUACGCUGAGAAACUUGGGCACUCUUCGCGAGACUGUCGUGUCCGAACAGAUGACCGAGUCGCAGGCUAUACGACUCAUUCAGGCUCACGAACGAGCGAGACAAGGCAGACUGCGGUAUCAGUUUAUGAAAGAAAUCCGUCAGAUGAAGGACAGAUCGAUCGUCAAGCCGGAAGUGCAGGAAGAGGACCAGGAGAGCGAGAAACUCGCGGCGAUGAAAAUUCAGAAACUAUGGAGAGGAUACAUCACCAGACGUCGCAUUCGUAAGAGACGUCUCGAAGAGAUGCUGCUAAUAGGAAUGCUACAGCCUGGCCAAACGAUCACGGAAAACGCCAGACGAGCGGAGAAAGUGAAGCAGCAGAGGUAUGAGAAGCAAAUGGAUUUUCAGCAACAAUACCAAGAUCUAGUAUCAGAGGCGAAGGAGAGAAUUUGCAGAGAGAAGAGCGCCGUCAUGGAGGAAAAUAUAAGGAGCGAAAUACGAAAUUGGAUCGAUUCUUACUUUCAGCAGACCGGAAAGAUUCCCGAUCUACCGUCCGUGGAGAACGGAGGCUCGCGAAUGAUUUUCAGUAGACAAGGAACCGAGAGCACCGUGAGUAAAUCCACAGCGCUCUCGUCGAAAGAAUCGAAGAAGUCGAAACGCUCGAAGUCGAAGAAGGAUAGCGAGACGGAGCAGUCGGAAGACGAAACGGAUCUGGGAUUCAAAUCAGUCCCGUCCAACUUCUUGUCGGAGUUGAUACGCGCGAAUCAGGAGUACCAGGAUGUUUGGAAGAACAAGGACGAGUCUAUGAAUCCGAUGCAGCUACCUUAUCGCGACAUGAUAGAAGCGGAAAAGACGAAGGAGACCGAGGACGAAGUUAGAUUGGUCGUGGACCAGGCAAUGAGAGAGGACAUAGAGGCUCUUCAAACUGCAUUAGAUAGGGACAGAGGUGUCAAAGGAAAGCGGGCGAAGCCCCAAAAGCGAGUACGCAGGAGUGGGAAGAAGAAUAAAAAGAAGAAAGAAAAAGAUUUGACGCCUGAUAGGACGCUCGAGUCCCUCUUUGAGGAACUUGUCGCAGAGGGUAUCAUAAAGCUUUACCGCAAAACUUCGUUGGAUGAAUUCAAGGGCGAAAAGUCGUUCGCGAACCACGAGCUUCGUGAGAAGGAAGGAGAUCCUUUGCCAACGCUCGGUGACACAAGACAACUGAUCGCUGAAUACUGCAUACUUCCACUGGGUAACGAAGUGCUGAGAGAACUCACGCCUCUUGUGAGAUCGGUUCUGAUAGCGGGUCCGCGCGGUAGCGGCAAAAAGUUCUUGGUGAACGCAAUCUGCACGGAACUCGGAGCUACGCUCUUCGACAUCACACCGGCGAAUAUCGCUGGCAAAUAUCCCAGCAGAUCAGGACAGAUCAUGCUCGUUCAUUUAAUCUCAAAGGUAUCGCGAUUGUUGCAGCCAUCGGUAAUUUUCAUGGACGAGGCGGAGAAACCGUUUGUAAAAAAAGUGCCAAAAACGGACAAGACCGAUCCGAAACGCAUGAAAAAAGAUCUUCCAAGAUUAGUGAGGAAUGUCACAGCUGAGGACAGGGUUCUGAUCGUCGGAACGUCCAAUAAGCCUUGGGACGGAGAUCAAAAGCUCUUGUUUCAGGCUUAUGACAAGGUCAUAUAUAUUCCCAGACCAGACUAUGGCAGUAUGUCCCUCGUAUGGAAAGAUUUGUUGUACAAAUACUCGGGUAUCAGUCGGCAGUUUGACACGUCGGCCAUGGCCAAAGCGUGCGAUGGUUUUACUAUCGGUACUGUCUUAGCAGUGCUCGAUGAGGUAAUGACUACAAAACGGAUGGUACAACUACGAACUCAUCCUCUGACGCAUGCCGAAUUGGUGAACGCGUUAAGUUUCAAGGAUCCGGUGUAUCGCGAAGAGGAGGACGCCUUCCUAGCUUGGUUUUCCAAGACGCCAACCUGUCGACGGAAACAAAGGGCUCUGGAGUUGGAACUUGAGAGAUUGAACGCAGAGAACGAGAAGAAGAAGAUGAAAAAAGGAAAGUAGCUAAGGUUUGCCUUAGAUAGACUCCGAUCACGUUUUGCUCCUGUUGCGCGAAGCAAUGCAAAGUGGAGCUGUAUUACGUUCUCGUAAUCGCUUUCACGUGAUAUAUUGCGUGACUAAACGUACGAGAAUGCAUGCUGGAUAAUCGAUUAUCUCGCUAUGUAGCGUGUGUCGCCAGUGCCCUCGGACUGAGUGCUCUUCUCUCGAACUCUGUCGAUAUCAACAUCGGUUUUGAUAAGCGCAACUGCAAUUCGCAUCGUCAUCAACUCACAAAGCGGCCUAAACACCCACCAGAGCGGUGGCUGAACAGGAUGCCUCGUACUUGGUCUAGACGAUGCGACAAAAGUCUCGUUGAGCUCGGCGAUUAGUUACCUCGUGCAUUUUCUUCGACGAAUGAUUUGAAAUUAGGCUAUCAAAAUGUCAAGGAACCCUCGCAAUUGCGACAUUAUGCUGCUUCAAAAAGAGUCGAUUUCUUCUCUCUUCUUUUUUUAACUAGCAUAACGUUCUUUGAUUCCAAUUGAAUGUAUUUUAUUACUCAUGUUGAGCUCGACGAUUCGUUACCUCGUACACUUUCUUUAGCGGACGACUUGAAAUUAGACUGUUGAAUUGAGCGUCAAACCUUGGAAGAGAACUGUCGCAAUUGUGACAUUAUGCUGUUUCAAAAGGAGUCGAUUUUCUUUUUUUUUUAACCAACAUCUUUCAUUGAUUCAAUUGAAUCUAUUUUAUUACUCCGCCUAUAUAACAUGUAUCUUGUAUCAAUAAAAAUAUGAUUUUCUUGUACUUUUUUACCUCUAUAGGCAGGAGCACAGACUUUUGCAUAACCACAUAACAGAUGCAUAAGGAAUUUGAUUGGUCCAUUUCCUUAUGCAUAUGCUUAUAGACCAAUCAAAUUCCUUAUGCAUCUUUUUAUGCGCUUAUGCAAAAGUCUGUGCUCCUGCCUUAUCAUUAGCCAAAAAAGUGUUAUGAAUCAAGCGAAUUGAGCGUCAAGCUUUGAAAGAGAACUGUCGCAAUUGCGAUAUUAUACUGCUUGAAAAAGAAUCGAGUUUCUCUAUCUUUUCUUUUUUUUAACAUAGCUAUUCUUUCAUUGAUUCCAAUUAAGAAAUAUAUUCUGUACAAAUCCUCUGUAACGCUGUAUCUCUAUAAGUUAUGCAGCACUGUAGAGCAAGAGAGAAAGAGCGACGAGCGAAAAGAAAAGAGCUACAGAUCUUAUAGAGCAAAAAUUUUCUUAUAAAAUACAGGGCUUAAUCUAUUUCUAUGCCUAGCUGCCUAUGUAACACGUACCAUGUAACAAUGAUAAAAGAGUAUUUAAAUAAAAAUAAAAUAAAAAGCU